AUGUAUUUCGCAACCUGGGACCCCUAUUUCCAUGGGGUCAUCCUCAUUGAAAUCUACUUCAGAUCUGUUGAGUGCGGGAGGCCGGCCGGCUGUGAGAGCGCUCCCUCCAGCCUGCCUCCUCCUCUGCUGCAGCAAUGUCCCUCCGCAUCCUCACGUUCUAUACACAGUGUGUACAAUGUGUUUUCCUUUAGAUGGGGCUCUGAGCAGAAAGCAGAGGCCCAAAAUGAAGAUUGCCCCCUGCUGGCAGGUGAGGAAUACGCAGACGUUGUGUCCACACAGGUGGUCAAAUCCGAGGCGGAGGAGGAGAAGCCGCACCCCCCUGUUGCUACCUGUAAUGAUCAAGCCACACAGACUGAGUGGCAGAACACAAGGCCGGGUCGCAUUCAGCAGCAAGUGUUGCGGGAGUUGAGGCGCUGUCGCAAAAGCACGGCCCGGGCUCAGCACGAGAGGGACUGCAUGAGGGCAGCGAUGGACCACCUGAUGCAGGAAAUGAAGGAGCUGAAGGAGAUGGUGGGCACUCUCUGCGCCGCCAACGCUUCAUGCAGUGUCGGCGCUCCUGUACCCCAGCUCCCUGCUGUUCUGGCACAGAAUCCCUGUUCACUGUGGAAUCAGCCUUCCGAGGAACCGCAGUGUACAGAAUCAGGCCGGGCUUCCCCAGAGAGCAGUUUACAGUGCGCCUACAAACCGCCUCUGGGUGCAGUUUCCGAGCAGAGUCACGGUCACGCCUCCUGGGUGUACCGGAAUUCCCCCGACGAGGAAGACGAUACGUUACCCACAACUACCAUCAAACGAGAGGAGGAGCCAGAGCCGAGCCCUUCCCCCGAGUUUCCUUUUUAUAGAUACCCCCAGUACGCUUCCCUGCAGACCGGAGAGCGCCUACCCAACAUCGCCAUGCACCAGCUCAGCACAGAGAAGGAGUGGACGCUGUUGGCCCGCAGCGCCGGCAAGCCGGGCAGGUUCGCGGCUCUCGUCUUCCGCGCCCUCGUCCCCUUCGACAUCUAUAAGAGCUGGGUGAACCGCGUCAACCUGGACGGCUUGCGGGGCAGGAAGGGCAUCCCGCUAAACGUCAAGCAACGCGUGAUGAUGAUCGUGGAGCGGCACUUUAAUCUGCGCAGGUGUGAUCAAAGCGAGGUACGCAACAGACUGAACGAGCAGCUGCGCACCAGACGCAAGAGCGACAAACUUCCUCAGCCAGUGGUGCCAUAUUAG